UCCCAGCUCGCCAGAGGUGAAACCUGGAGCUGCCCAGUCCCAUGUGAGUGCUGCUGCAUGAGUUCCCACGCCCUGCCAGCUCCCACGGCCCCCUGACAUCUGAUGACAGAGCGAGCCAUGGGCAGUGUCCGAGUCAAUCGGUACAGCAUCGUUUCAACCGAAGAGGAUGGACACAAGGUCUCUGCGCUGGGCAGCAUGAACGGGCACAGCCGGAACGGGAAGGGCCAUGCUCCCCGGCGGAAGCACCGCAACCGUUUUGUGAAGAAGAACGGCCAGUGCAACGUCUACUUUGCCAACCUGAGCAACAAAUCUCAGCGCUACAUGGCUGACAUCUUCACCACCUGCGUGGACACGCGCUGGCGGUACAUGCUGAUGAUCUUCUCCGCCGCCUUCCUGGUCUCCUGGCUCUUCUUCGGCUUCCUCUUCUGGUGCAUCGCUUUCUUCCAUGGCGACCUCAACGCACCGGUGGUGGCAGGUAGUCCCUCUCUCCUCAAGCCCUGCAUCAUGCACGUGAACAGCUUCCUGGGGGCUUUUCUUUUCUCGGUGGAGACACAGACAACCAUCGGGUACGGCUUCCGCUGCGUGACUGAGGAGUGCCCGCUGGCUAUCAUGGCAGUUGUGGUGCAGUCCAUCGUGGGCUGCGUGAUUGACUCCUUCAUGAUUGGCACUAUUAUGGCCAAGAUGGCAAGGCCCAAGAAGCGGGCCCAGACCCUCCUCUUCAGCCAUCAUGCGGUCAUCUCCGUCCGGGAUGGCAAACUGUGUCUCAUGUGGAGGGUGGGCAACCUGAGGAGGAGUCACAUCGUGGAGGCCCAUGUCCGAGCCCAGCUCAUCAAGCCCUACAUGACGGAGGAAGGGGAAUACCUCCCCCUGGACCAGCGGGACCUAAAUGUGGGCUACGAUGUGGGUCUUGAUCGUAUAUUUUUGGUCUCACCCAUUAUUAUCGUUCAUGAGAUUGAUGAGGAGAGCCCCCUCUAUGGGAUUGGCAAGGAAGAGCUGGAGACGGAGAACUUUGAGAUUGUGGUUAUUCUGGAGGGGAUGGUGGAAGCCACAGCCAUGACCACACAGGCACGAAGUUCUUACCUUGCUAGCGAAAUCCUUUGGGGUCAUCGCUUUGAACCAGUUGUGUUUGAGGAGAAGAACCACUACAAAGUGGAUUACUCACGCUUUCACAAGACGUACGAGGUAGCUGGCACACCUUGCUGCUCAGCCCGGGAGCUGCAAGAAAGCAAGAUGACCAUCCUACCUUCUCCACCACCUCCCAGUGCCUUCUGCUAUGAGAAUGAGCUGGCACUUGUCAGUCAAGAUGAAGAUGAAGAUGAUGAUGAAGUGGGUGUGGUGUUAGGGGGCAACACCAAGGAGGAGGGAGGUAUCAUCCAGAUGAUGGAUUUUGGAAGCCACCUGGACCUGGAGCGGCUCCAGGCAACUCUGCCUCUAGAUACAAUCUCAUACCGCAGGGAGUCAGCCAUCUAACUCCUCCAGCCUCCCCAUUCUGCACCCAUUGGCCACAGUCUCCUCUGUUCCGUACCCAUACACUGGAUAAGUCCCUUCACCACCAAAUAAUGUCUCCCAUGAUUGCCUCUCAGCCCCCAAAUACACCAAGGCCUGGAGCUGCUCUGAUAUACUCCCUUUCUCAUAAGGUCAUACUGCCUGGGAGAGGAGUGAGGAUACACUAGUCUUUCCGGGUAUGCAGCUUGGGCUAGAACCCCUUUCCUGCCCAGAGACAGGAGAGCAGCAGGCCUGGUUUCUUGUCUCUGGAAAGGUGACAGAAGUCCCUGCCUUCAGUGGACAGAUUGGGACCCACAGCAAGUGUUUCUGCUGCUGAGGCAACAGCAGACUUUCUGUCCCCUCACACUAUGGGUAGGCCCCAUGGCUGUCAAGGGUCAUCGCCAUCACUGGGAGAGGAGUGACACCUAAGCACUGACC